CUACUACUAUGAUCAAACCGCGCAGGGUGCAUGCAAGUAGCGGCAGGAAGACCGGGGAUGGGAAAUGUACUAUAAACGUUGUCGGAGAAGUCUUUACAGGUUGCUGUGAAUCUCUGAGUGAAGAUGGCCUUCUUUCAGAACAACUUCUGGGGGGAGAAGAAUGCCGGCUUUGACGUGCUCUACCACAACAUGAAGCACGGCCAGCUGGCAACCAAGGAGCUAGCCGAGUUUGUCCGUGAGAGAGCUGCCAUUGAGGAGACCUACUCCAAAUCAAUGAGCAAACUGGCCAAGAUGGCCAGCAAUGGAAGUCCACAGGGGACGUUUGCUCCGAUGUGGGACGUGUUCAGGGUGUCUUCAGACAAACUGGCCCUCUGCCACCUCGAGCUGAUGAGAAAGAUGAACGAUCUCAUCCGGGACAUCAACAAGUACGGAGACGAGCAGGUCAAAAUUCACCGCAAGACAAAGGAGGAGAUGGUGGGGACUGUGGAGGCGGUGCAGGCGCUCCAGGCUCAGAGUGGUCACCUUCAGAAGUCAAAGGAGGGAUAUCACGGCAAGUGUUUGGAGCUGGACCGGCUCAGGAAGGACGGAGCUCCACAGAAAGAGCUGGAGAAGGCGGAGCUGAAGUCUAAGAAAGCAGCUGAGUCAUUUGCGUUGUGCAUUGAGAAGUACAACCGUGUGGGAGGAGAGUUUGAGCAGAAGAUGAGCGAGUCUGCCCAGAAGUUUCAGGAAAUCGAGGAGACUCACCUGCGGCAGAUGAAACAGCUGAUCAAAGGUUACUCCCACUCCAUAGAAGACACCCACGUCCAGGUGGGGCAGGUCCACGAGGAAUUCAAGCAGAACGUUGAAAACAUCGGCAUCGAUAACCUCAUCCAGAAAUUUGCAGAGCAGAAGGGCACGGGCAAAGAACGGCCAGCUCUGGUUGGUUUUGAGGAGUAUAUGACAGUUUUGGCACCUGAAGGUGGGAAGAAGAGUCGAGGGAAAGCCUUCAGGAUCCCCGGCCUGGGCAAGAGGGACAAGGAGCCAGACUCUACGGAUUCAGCUGUGACGGAGGCACCGAAUUCACCCCUGGAAGUAGACGAUGAAGGAUUUGUCAUCCGAGCUGACAGCACCCAGAAUGGCUGCUCUGAUGAGAAGGACAACAACUUCUACUCUAGUGAUUCAGAUUUUGAUGACGAGGAGCCCAAAAAGUUCCACAUCCAGAUCCGACCGGUCGCCAGCAGCAAUCGUAGCAACUCCGCCGCCACUGAGAAGGAGCUGAAGGCCACCGUGGGGGCGCUCACCCUGCCGCCCAACCGAGGUGUACGGCAACAGGUAUCAGUCAAGCGGCAUCUCUCCAGAAACUCAAGUACUGCAGGAGGUCGAUCGGAAGAAGGCGAGGCUACUUCCCACAGGGAUGGAGAGCAGGAGGGCCUACGCAGGUCCACCUCCAGUCCUGAUCACAGCAGGUUGAGCUCGACAGCAUCAGGUUCAGACAGUCUGUUCGGGCCUCCGCUGGAGUCAGCUUUCAAGUCCAAAAGCUUUGAUGGUCGGGAACAACUCAGAGAGCAGAGCGUGUUUGGUGUUUCUGAAUAUGCUGCUUUCUCGUCUGACUCAUCCUCUCCUGAGAAUGUCGAAGACUCUGGCCUGGACUCACCCUCCCAUCAGCCCCUUGGGCCCUCCCCCGAGCCGGUGGGUUGGGCAGCAUGGCCUCCUGUGUCACAGAGUAAAGAACAGACUCAAACACUGGGGCGACCUGUGGACCCUUUCCUCUCUGCUUUCCGUGACCCCUCCCCUGGUCGCAGCCCUCACCUACAGGAUGACCCUGCCAGCACCUGGUCCAUCGCCCCAUCACGUCCCUCUCGGGUCCCCCCAGAUAUGGACCCCUCAUCAAUGCAGUUUCCUGCUUUCUCUCAGACCCUCCCCCCGCCUGAGAUGGAGUCGUCGGUGUGGAACUGUAAACACAUCCCCCCUGAGGACCCCUUCCUCGCUGCGUUUGAGAGGACUGUCACCCAGGAGACCUUAAACCUGUCUGAUGCUUGGGCGCGCCCGCCGCCUCGCCCAAACCAGGAGGGCAGGGGGAUGGAGGUGCGAGGGGACCCGUUCUCCAUCAAUCUCACAGACACUAAGACACUCCCAACAUCCUCCUCCUCCUCGUCAUCUUCCUCCAACCGAAAAGACAGAGACAGGAAACGAGACCGCAGCCUGCCACCGCCCAUUUCCUCCGAUGACCCGUUUGCGAUCACGAUGAUUGGCAGCCCAACGCACCAGUCGUCUCUGGCUGCGGCCGCUGGAUUAAUCCCUCCACACAGCGGCAGCAGCAGCAAUGUGGCUGCUGGCCCUGUCAACAGCAAUAGACUGGCACUCGAUGCAAAUUCAAGCUCUUUACCCACAGCCCAGACAAAGAAGGAGCUGAUGCACUGGAACUCUGUCCAUAACCCGUUUAGUGAGAGCGUCUCUGGAGCCCUGGGCAGCUCCAAAACACAGGAAGGAGGAGGGAAAGGAGAGGGAGGGGCAGGAGGGGAGAGGAGAAAACAUCGAUCAUCAGAAAGUGAGCCACGCAGGAACGCCCCUCCGCUCACGAGGCAUUCAGGCCCACAGGAGGAUCUGUGUUUUUCAACAGACAAAGACCAGGACUGCUUGGAUCUCAACACUCAGAUUCCCUGUGUCAGCUCCCACAAGGGGUCCAAGCACAGCUUCAGACAGGACACGUCUGAAGUGGUCGCAGCUGCUCCUCAGAGAGCGACCCGGGCCAAGAGGACUUCAGCCCGACUCAGUGGCUGUGAGAGGUCCCGAUCCCUGUGCUCCUCCCCACUGCCGGAGCCCAGCCCUUCCCUCACCUCCUCCUCCUCCUCCAGUCCCAGUGAGUGGGGGCCUCAGGCCAGAGACGGAGAGUGGGGGGGUCAGAACCGAGCUCCCAGUCCUGCCAGGCCAGGACAAGCCUCACCACUACCCUACCAGCACCAGGAGCACCAACAAAGGCAGUUGCACCUGUCGAGAGGUCCCAGUCCCAUUUCCCUGAGCACACAGGAGGCCUGGCCGGUGGCAGCAGCCAUAACUGAGUAUAUCAAUGCUUACUUCAAAGGUGGACAGCACAACCGCUGUUUGGUGAAGAUCACUGGCGACCUGACGAUGUCCUUCCCAGCAGGCAUCACCAGGAUUUUCACAGCCAACCCCAACGUUCCCGUUCUGAGCUUCAGACUGGUCAACAUAUCGAGGAUCGAUCACUUCCUUCCGAAUCAAAAGCUGCUCUACAGUGAUCCGUCUCAGAGUGACCCAGACACCAGAGACUUCUGGUUCAACAUGCAGGCUCUGCAGAUCUACCUGCAGAGAGAAGCUGAACUCAACCCCCAGGCCUCUUAUUACAACGUCGGCCUGCUAAAGUAUCAGGUGUCGUCUCAGGACCCGGGUCGGGCUCCUCUCCUGCUGUCGGCCGAGUGCCAGCGGAGCGGCACAGUGACCCGAGUGUCCCUGGAUUAUCACUGCUGCCCCGCCACUGCACCCUCCACCCAGCUCACCGCUGUCCAGGUGCUGCUGCCAUUAGACCACACCGCCACUGACCUGCAGUGCCAGCCGCCGGCAUCCUGGAACACUGAAGAAAGGCGGCUUCUGUGGAAACUUCCCAACCUCUCCCCGACCAAUCACAGCAAAGGCUCAGGGACUCUGUGUGCCAGCUGGCAGUGCCUGGAGGUUCCCCGUGGCCCUCCACCCAGCCUGGCUGUCCAGUUUGUGGGCUCCGGGGCGUCGCUGUCGGGCAUGGACGUGGAGCUGGUGGGCAGCCGCUACCGCAUGUCACUAGUCAAGAAGAGAUUCGCCACAGGGAAGUACAUGGCCGGUUGCUUCUUGUGAAUCAGAGAACUUUGCACUUUUUCAGCUUCUGAGUCGAGAGCCGCAGAGAUGGUAAGAGACGAAACAGUAGAGGAGGCUCCUUUACUCAGACUUACAGCUCAGCCUUGAAGGACAAUGUGCACUUAACUUCUGAUGGUGUCCUGCUGUUUAAGGACCAAGCCUUUCUUCUUCUUUUCCUCUAAUUUAACUUGUGUGUUGUACACUCAGUCGUCCUGCCUUUUCCUGGAGGGAAAGUCUUUUUCUAUUAAAUCUCCUCUGUUCACUUCAUGUUCUGUGUGCCUUUGUAGGUAGAGACUGCAAACUAAGCUAGAUGUCAGAACUUUUCUUGAAUUACAGAGGAAAGAAAAAACUGUGUGAAUAAAGUUAAGCAUAAUUACUGUGUUGCCAUGGAAACUAGGAUUUUUAAAUUGUGUAAAUACUGUAUCUCUAGAGCAUCCCGAAGGAUUGAACAAGUCAUUUGUGAGCAAAGAUCUUCUACCAAACCUUGGAAAAAAGAAAUGUUUGUAAAUCUGCUGUUUGUUCAAAUUAGAGGUUUUGUGAUGUUGAUAUUUGAUAAAAAUAAAUGUGCUCAAUCGUU